AUGGAUCAUCGACAUGUCUUCUUUUCGAGCAGUGACUCUGAACCUGAAAACACACCAAGGUCAUCCUCUCCCUGCAGUAAUGUCAGCAAAAACUGGAAAUCAUCUCUUCAGUUCUGGUGUCUGGUGGUCCUCCUGUCCAUGGUGGGCUCGAGGGUCUCCUCUCUGAUGGUUCUGGAGUUUUGUCUCAGGGCUGUUUCUGCGAGGAUGUCAGGACAGGUGAGUUCCCCCUAAAAAAACAGACACAACACUCAUCUAAGCUGGUUUUAAAUCCACUCUGCCCAUUUUUUUUUACUGAUGAAGAUGCAACCUUUUCAUCCACCCUGAACCCAGGAUGCCAGUGGACAAGGCCCAGACAUGCUCCUGAUCCAGAGCCAGUUCUCUCUGGGCUGUGGCCUCUCCUGCACCGUGUACUUCCUCCAUCAGGGGGCACCACACAGCUCCCUCAGCUUGUUUCUGGCAGCUGCUCUGAGCUGGGCACUUGCGAGCUUCAGCCACAGCCUGUGGAUUCAUGUGGCCAGACUCUACCCACUACACAGCACCGAGCGCUACUGUGGGAAGUGCAUCAGCCUGCUGACCUCCGGGCAAUCCCUUCUAGGUUCACUGCAAAGAGUGGUCGUCGUGUUCUUUGCUCUGGCUGCUGUGGCCUCCACCGCUACGGUUUAUGACCACUUCCUGUCCCAGAAGGAUGCUCUGAAGUUUUGGACUCCACUCACACUCUGCUACACCAUGUUGGUGGUCUACAUUCAAGGUGGUUAUGAGAAUGAUGAUGAAAGUAGGGGUUGUGGAAAGUUUCUGCUGAAACUGAUUGAUUAGAAUAAAACUAGAUCAUUUACUUUUAUGUUAUUAUGAUGGAAUUAAAAUGGAAAUGCUAAUUAGUCGUGCCAUAGUGGACAACAACAUUCAUGUAGCUCCUUGUGUAGGAGACCAUUAAAUUAAAAUAGAUGGUUGAAGGUAGUUUUAGGUUGAAGUUAAAUUAAGGAAAGGAGUAAAAAAAUAAUGGUUAAAGGGAUAUUCCGGCGUAAAAUUAAUUUAGGGUCAAACACACCAUAACACUGAGUUAGACACUCCCUCGAGAGAUGAAUGUUGCUGACAGCUUGUUUCUCUAGUUAUACCAACUUUAGUAACGACCGCAGGAUAGGAAUACACAGCGGUCUAAGAGGCCAUAAACAAACCUCAAUCAAAAUGCCACAAAUAAUGCUCAGAACACCUAACUUCACCAACAGGACAUAUAGGGUCACAGACACAAACAUCUUUUUAACUUUGCCUGAUUUCUUUAGCAAAGAGACUAAACACAACUCACCUACUCUCUUCCAGCAGCCGCUUGUUUGUAGCGAGACCUCGGGCCAAUCAGAGGAAGAACAUUUAUGAUCAUUACUUUUUCAUUUCCUUGAAUUAGAGAAGCAAGUGGUCGGCAACAUUCAUCUCUUGAGAGAGUGUCUAACUCGGUGUUACCAUGUGUUUGAACCUAAAUUAAUUUACGCUGGAAUAUCCCUUUAAAUCAGUAAGAUGCACAAACCACUAUAAAAACUCAGUCAAAUACUUUUAUAUCACAAAUGAAUAAUGUACAUAACAAAACUUUAAGAUAUCAAACCAAAACUAUCUCCUCCAAGAAUCAUGAUUCUCUUAUGUCCGUUUAACUCGAACCUUUGUCUUUAUGUUGCACAGAGGAUCAGAAUCGGCACUCGGGUCCAGAGGCUCUGCUGCACACCGUCGUGCUUCGACUUGGAGCCUUGCUGGUCCUCAUGCUGACUGUGGGAGACUGGACCGACGUCCUCCACGUCCUUAUUACUUUCCUGGGUGAAGCCGUGUGCCUGCUGCCUUCUCAGGACCUGCUGCAAGCCGUGUUAAAGGUCUGUGUUUAUCAUGUCAUCAUCAUAUAUUUGAUUCAUACAUUUAUUUACUCAUGGUUUUAUCAUAUCAAAGUUCAGAAACAUACAAACAACAUUUGGUAAUUCUUUUUUAAUGUUUUAGGAAGAAGAGGACACACAAGUGAGAAGAUGUGAACAAAACUCCAGUCACAGAACAAGAGACAGCACCAGGAAAGCAUCAGAUGAGAGUUAAAAUCGCCUCUGAAACAUAAACUGAAAUUGCAAUUUAACCCAAAUUAUUCCACAAAUUGCACAUUUGUGUACUCUCAAUAACGACACAAGAGGAUUAUGGGUACUCGAUAUUAUAGCCUUUCAUGUUAAGAAGAGGGGAUGAUUUUGCAGCUGCAGUCUGGUCUGAUUUAACAGGAUGAUUAUGA